AUGGCUUCUUGCAAGGAAAAGAAAUAUGACAUCGGAAAAGUGUUAUCUGAUAUUCAUUUAGAUGUGUAUUAUUCCAGUUUUCAAGAUCACGGUUACCAAACUAUUUCAGACUGUGAAACAUUAAAUCAUGAAAUUCUAAAAAAUAUUGGAAUAUCACUUACUGGACAUAGAAAAAGAAUUCUUAAUAAAAUACACAUCUUGUUGGGGAAAUCUGGAGAUGUUGGAUUUUCUAAUACUGAAACAAAAUAUAAAGAAGAAAGCACUUUCUCACAAGAAUGUACAAUUUAUAAAACCGUAGAUUUGCAGUGCGAUAACCCCAAUUUUGAUAAUUCCAUAAUGGAUACAAAUUGUAAAGGAGAAGACGAAGGACUUUGUGACCUAAACAAUCUCCCUUUGCAACUGGAAGAUACAUGUGAAUCUAAAGAAAAAGAUCAAAUAUCUGGCUAUGAUGUGAAACCUGAUAAUGUGCUUGACAAUAUCGAACAUGAUGACUCACAGAAUUUAGGAUUUUUUGAAUUUUUAGGGCCUAUGGUUGAAAAUGAGGUAUAUGAUACAUUUGACAACGCUUCUCCACACAAGCAUCGUAAGAGUGGUCCAACUCGAUCAUUCAUACUUAGAAACAGACCUGUCCCAGAGUUGCCACACUCUGUACAUAAUAACAUCAAACAGAGGUAA